AUGAUUCUCGGACGUAAGGCAGACGACUUCUUCGUUGCUGUCAAGCAACAUCUGGACAACAUCCAGCCUGGUCGUGUAGACAGCAGCUUAGACGCGUUCCAACAAGCUGCUAAGACACUUGUUGACUUGUCCGGUGGGCUUGAGGGCCAGGAUAUUGCUCACCUCAUCUACAAUGCCAAGGCGACCCUGCUUUUCACCCAGAUCUACAUCGUGCUAGCCAUUGUGGUUGGUGCUUUGCUGAUCAGGAGGCUGGGAAGAUUCAUCCACCAUGUCGGCAAGAGCCUCAGGAAUCUCAGCGACGUCACAGAGGUCCAGAAGAAUAUACAUUAUCAAACUCAGUUCGCUGGAGCUGUCCGCCGGUUUAUCGAGUACCAGCAUGUCUUACACGAAAAGCAACACUCGACCGAUCCACAGGAUGCCAUCUAUUAUGUCUACCAUCCUGGAAACGACUGGCAUGCUUCAUUCCACGCUGAAGACCUUGACGUUGAAGGAUUUGGUGGUGUGUAUGACGACCUUCCAGCCCUAAUGGAGCAUUUGCGCACCCGUCGCCAGGAUCCAGAGUUCAGUGCAAGUAUCUAUAUUCUACUUCCAUCCGCUCACCGCCACGACUUCACCAUCGAUCUUCGCUCUGAGACAGCUCUUCUGCCUCUGAAGCUUGUAGGUCAAAAGGAUUACAGUGGUAAAGCACUUUGUCGUGGCCGUAUCAGAGGCAUGCCUCUGGGCGUCGAGCUUAGAGAUGUCGACGUUUCACCGGAGAAAUCGAGAUCAUACUGGCCUUUGGUUUGGCCUUUGUUGGGUAUGGUGGGAGUAGUAAUGGCGUCUAUCACUGCCUCCGAAUACAUCGAGAAGUAA